AUGGGCGCCUACCCGGAGCUGUCGGCCCCCUCGCCGCGGGCCUCGCUGCUCCCCGAGGAGGCGCCCCCGGCCGACGCCGAGCCCGCCAAGCUGCGCCUGCCCUGCCAGGUGACGCCGGCCCGGGAGAGCGGCCCCAGCCAGGUGGAGCGGCGACUGGAGGCCUUGACGCUGGAGCUGGAAAAGGAGCUGGAGCUGCACGUGCGCAAGGAGUACUUCGGUAUUUGUAUCAAGUGUGGAAAGGGGGUAUAUGGGGCCAGCCAAGCGUGCCAGGCCAUGGGGAACCUUUACCAUACCAACUGCUUUACAUGCUGCUCUUGUGGUCCCCAGUUGACAUGCUUCCUGUCCCGGAACAGCCUUUCCAGCAUCAACUAA